AUGCUGCCGUCCGUACCCUUUACUUGCAUACCCCCUUUCCAGCUCUCAACAAGCCAACACAAAGAUAUCCACAGAAACCCGACAACGUUCGCUAUGAAUUUACAUCCCCAUCAACCCCAUAAGCCCCCGAUGGCUUCCCCCAUCGACCUCGACAAAUACGAGAUGCCAAAUAUCGAACAUUCCGGCGAUUCGGAUGAUGCGUACUCGAUCGUAACUACUCCUGUCUCUGGGUCUGAAUAUGCCGGCGGCGAUGACGAUGACGAAAUUCUCCUGUCUAACGAGUUUCUGCCAUCCGCCGCCCCGGCUGCCGUCCUUGAAUCCCAUGCCGUCGCCGAAACCCAUGCCGACCCACGAGAGGAUACCAGAGGUACAAACAGGCGUAGAGAACAGAAAAUUGACCGUUUUCUUCUUUUCUUACGCAUUAUUAUGAACGCCUGGUGCCUUCUGGACCUCUGGCAAGGGAGGAAUCACACCACUUCGCACAUCUCGUCUGGUCUUUCCGAGAACAUGACUCAACCAAACACGACCCAGAUCCCCCUUUGCGGCCCCAGCAAGCCUUACCAGCCAUAUCACCUCCUUCCAGCCUAUAGCCAGACCCCUUACGGAAUUCUGGACUGCAACCAUGACGCUACCCACGACGAACUCUUGCAGUCCUUCUUCGACAAAUCCACCGCGACCACCCUUGUCCACUUUUACAACGGAGGCCCCGAAUCGCCUGACGACAUGGACUGCCUGUCCUGGAAGCGCCCGGUGCACGAGGAUAUCCAGGUGUUGAGGGACACUGCGGCAUUGGGGUUGAACAAUCCCAUGCCAGAGGAGUGGGCCAUUCAGUGGCUCUUCCUCCAGGAGGACCGUCUCGUGGCUGACGCCAUGAUUCUUCCCUACUUUGGUAUCGUUGGCACGGAGAUGGUUUGGUGUCACGACGACGAGGUAAGUCGUCGUCAACGGUAUGACCAGUAUAAUGCUCAGAUGUUGAAGGUGGUGGGGCCGGAAAUUGCGAGGAAGACACAGCUCGAGAUUCGGGAGCUGGAAGAUAAAAGGAAGUCCGAAGAGGAAGAGACACGCGUGAAGUCGAGUGAUGUAUAG